AUGAUGUUGUGGCCAGUAUUCAUUGAUGUUGAAAGUGAUGAAGAAAACGUAAGAGAAAAAGAUCCAAUGAUUGUUAACCGUGUAGAAAAUAUUGAUGAAGAUUUGCUUGGAAGGGUUGUAUCCACUGAAGAGGAAGCUUAUAAUCUCUACAACAAUUAUGCUACGAGAGUUGGAUUUAGUGUUCGGAAGGGACAAAAGAGAUACAAUACAAAAAAAGUUCUGCGGCAAUUUAGUUAUCUUUGUUCAAAAGAAGGUUUUCGACUAGAUAGUGAUCCUUCGGAAUUGAGCAAGGUUAGCAAAUUAGAGACAAGAACAGGUUGCGAAGCUAGCAUUCGAUUUGCAUUCCAAGAUAAAGAUGAUACAUGGAAAGUUUCUCAUUUUGUUCCUGAGCAUAACCAUGAACUUGCUAAGCCAAAGGAGAGGCAAUUUUUGAGAUCAAAUAGAAAAGUUUCAGAUUCAAAUUUGGGUGUCAUUAAAACAAUGGUGGGUGCAGGAAUAAGGACCACAAAUACAUAUUCUUAUUUAGCAGAAGAAGUUGGAGGGUCUCAAAAUGUUGGUUUUACAAAAAGAGAUUGCUACAAUGUUGUGAACAAGGAGAAAAUGGCCAUGAUUGAAGCAGGGGAUGCUCAAAGCUUGAUGAACCUUUUCAAGCGCAAACAAGCUGAAGAUCCUAUGUUCUUUUACACAGUUCAAGUUGAUCAAGCAAACCGAAUGACAAACUUUUUUUUGGAGAGAUGGAAGGUCACGAAUUGA